GCACGCGAUUCAAUCGGUUCGCGUCUCGCGGAAGUCGCAGUGACGUAAAGCGACGUCGUCUGCGUUUCGCAUUCGAUUCGCAAAUUUCUUAUGAAACUCAAAGACCCUGGAUCAACACCCCAGGUCGCGGGGAGGACCAGAGCCUGCCGGUCGCCGCAGCGGCUGUUGCACCAGAAUGAAGCGUGUCCGCGGCUAAGGCUCGAUUUGCGAUGAUAAAUCGCGAGUCUCGGUCGGGAGGAGUGCGCGAGUUGCGGUCGGGAGGAGUGUGCACGUCGAUGUCCGUUCGGCCGUUCUCCGGAUAACGCAGUAGAGGAACAGGAAACGGGUGUUCGUUAACGACGCGCGGAGAACUAGAUCAACUUCUGCGCGUCGUUCCAUUUUUCACGGCCGACAAUGCCGUGCGGUGGAUAGAAGCGUCCGCGUACACGCGUGUGGUACUCGCGCAUCUUCCCCUCUUUGUCCUUUUUCCUCCGGCAUGCCCGCGUAAAUUGGGCUGCUACAUCGGCGCCGGCAGAGCGAUCGCGCCGCACCGCGGCUCUCUGUUAAUCAACUCUGUUAAUCAGUGUGUAUCAAGAUUACCCUACAUAUCGUCCAGCCGGUGCCUUCCGUUCGUCAAGCAUCGCACCCGCGGCUGAACAAAAGGUGUCUCGUCGCGGCAACUCGGACAGCGCAGAAUGUCGCAAAGAGGACGUCUUCUGCUGCUGCUGCUGCUGCUGCUCGGUCUGGCCGUGCUGAGGGAGUCAUCUAGUACAUCCAGCGGUGCUAGUGGUGCCAGUGGUACGCUUCGCGAGGACGAAUCCUCGCGCCAAGCGCCGCAUCACCGGCAGAAGAGGGUCUUCUGGUUCACGAACGACGGACGCAUCGCGCUGCCACCCGGCACAAUCAUGACGAUCACGCCGACGUUGGCGUUGCCUUUCGUUCGGCAUCCACCUUACGGGUUCCUCAGCAACAUGACCAUCAGUCUGCCAUUUACGAUCGACUUCGAUAAGCUAGGCCUGACAGAUAACGAGAACCCGUACGGCGCUCUGCCGCAGAGUUUCGACAGGAAAUUGAAGAGCCGGCAGGCCGGCAUGAUGAUGGCCGACUUCAUCGCGGCUUUCAUCAAACGCAGAUUACACAAACGGGACAUGACAGAGAUGCCGAGAAACGCGUUCCAGGGUGGCGAGCGGGCCCUGCUUUACAUCACCGCCGAGGAAAUGCUGACCACGCUGGGAAUGAACGGCAAAGCAUGUCUGUUAAGGGCGAUCUGCGAGGUCCAGGGACACCACUUGAAUAACUUUGGACUAAUCGGCGAAAUGCUGAAGUUGUUUUUCACCGCCAGCCGGUCGCCGUUUGCAAACCUUCUCAAGGAAUAUGUCGAGGCGGAGAACCGUGGGAAAUUUCACGGCGAGUGCUGGCCAUAUUUCAAGGAUUGCCCGAAAUCUUUAUUUCUACCGUCCAGCAACAAAUAUCAGAAAGAUUCGUUGCACGACGAGGAGGAAGAGGAGGAUGAACAAUGGAAUCAAAUCUCCAAUGAUCUCGACGAGGAGCCUCUCACGAGGAUAUCGAAGCAGAGCACAAAGAACACCGUACAUCCCAUGUAAUUUUAGUUGUAUAAUUCUUCCUCCAAACAGACAUUUUCUCACGAAUUCCGUUCAGGUAUGAGGGCUGUUUGAUAAGUCAGUGACUUUUACAAGAGAUAACACUCAAAUCGGAGAUAUGGCUUGGUGGAAAAAGAUUCGCAUCGAACGAGGAGAUCAUUACUGAAACAAACGUGUAUUUUGCAAAAUUUGAGAAAUCGUUUUUUUUUGGAAGGUUUAAAGAAGUGGAAAAUCGUUAGGCAAAAUGCAUCGAGAUAAAAGGGGAUUAGAUUGAAAAAUAAAUAGAAUUUUGGUACAAAAAUUCUUUCACUUCAAAGUCACUAACUUAUUACAGCCCCCGUAAAAUGAAAACUCUUGCUCUCUUCAAAAGCAAAGGAGGAGUACUCUGUUUUUGUUGCCGGAUAGAAUUCGUGGGCCCUUACAAGGAAAAGUUGCUAAAUAGAUAAUAGAACGCGUUGAUACAAAGAAAUUGUCAUUCGUCGUGACCAUAACGUGAUAGACCGAGUUCUCGGUCGAGAAUAACGCUAUGUACAACGUGUACCAUCCAAAAACGAGACUGUCGAAAAUUUUAGCUAGUCGCCGGUACUAUGAAACAUGUGACGCUAACAAUCGGUUUGAUGUAUUUCGUAGAUUGGUACAGCGUGAAAAUAGCCAUAUAGCUGCGUUUACGAUAUAAUUGUCCGUACAGAACUACGAGGAAAAGCACUAAAGAUCAACAAUAAAGCGUUGGUCUUGUGCGUUUGUGUGAUCAUAUAGAGAUGAAAGUAGAAUAAAUAUUUUCUCUCGCAUAAGCGAGACAAUUUAUUAAUUUAAUUUAUAGAUAUGUUAAUAAUUAAUAUGCAGAGUGCUCUGCACAACUCCUGACACCGCUCACGGGAAGAUAGAAGGGGGGGGGGGGUAAGGCAAACAGAAGUUCUGUAGCAUUUUGCAAUUUUCGCAAUAGUUUACGAAAUAUUGAUGAAAAAAAUUCACCGUAUUAGCCCGAUCUACCGCCAAAUGUAAUAUCUCGACAACUAUUGCGAAAAUUCUGUUUGUCUCAGUCCUUUCUAUCUUUCCGUGAGUGGUAUCACGAGUCCACACACUAUACCCAGAUAACCAGUUGCUCGCAGAUUGUUAACAAUCGGGAAAUAAUUUCUUGCAAAGUGAAUCUGCCAAAUCCAGAGCCUACUGUGUCCUCAAGUGCGCCCUAAUUGCAACUAAAAAUUAUAAUCACAUUCUGAUGUCAAAUUGAGUACAACAUAAGAGUAAAUCUGUCAUUAGUAAUACGACAGAUGACGCACCAAAUCGAGAGCAGAUUUGUCACUCGCAUACUUCCAACAAAUUUGUACCAUAUGCCCAGGAAAUGUCUGUCAGAAAAUUGCAAAAAAAACUACGGUAGAUUGGCAGCAGAAACUGAGCAGGAUUUUCAGUUUCUAUUUCUUUUUUAACGUUUUCAUUUCUUUAUAUUACAAAAGAUGUGUAAACAUAUAGUAAUAAUUCUUUAAGGUUUCUACACACUCGUAGAUGAGAGUGCAAAAGAGCUCACUUCAGCACUAGAAAGAUGAUCGAAAAAUUUCAUUUGGAUGCAUUAAUUUAUAAUGCCGUGUGCAGUUUGUUUCUUACGAGAGAAAGUGUCAUACCAUGCGUCCAUCUAAUGGGAAAGUUACAAACUAUAAAUCGCCAAUAAACAAAAUUUGCUACCAAUCUGUUGACAAGUUAAGUCAGCAGACUGCUUGGUGUUUGCUAUCAAUCUGCCGUCAACUUCGACAAUCUUCUUCGUGGUCUUUUAACAAAUCUGCUCGCUAUUUGCCGUCAUUUUGUCGUGUAGUCUGCCAACAGAUGUUGGUAAAUUUCUACUACAAUUUUGCUCACGUUUUCAAUAAAAAAACAUGUUUCUCAUCAGCAGCUUUUCGGGAAGCAAAAUUUGUUUGCAGAUGUUGCCUCUGCAGAAAUGGUUAUUGGGGUAUAUACGAGUGCAGGAUGUCUAGCACAAGGCGUAUAUUCGCUCAUACAUCUCGUAAAACUAAACUAAAAAAUCUAUACCUUCUAUAUUAUUUUGAAAAUACCUAUGUUAUAAAUGAGAGACUAAUGGAAAAAAUUGGUAAGCCAGUACGCUAUGCGAUGAGAUGAGCUUUGUAAAGGUGAAAGCACAUAAUACAGAAUCCACAGCAGAUGCUAGCUAUAGCCCUGGCAAAAAUAAAAAGUUUCAUAAGUAUUUGUAUAGCGUUUACGUGAGCGUUUGCAGUUCGUUGACAGUUUAAAAACGGUCAAUAGAGAAUUUGUAGAGCGGAAAUUGCAACGCUACGGCGUUUAGAAGACGUUUGUAUAUAGCAUUUUUGAACUUAGCGUUGUAGAACUUUUAUGAAACGUUAUAUACAGUAUUUUAUAAGCGUUCUGAAAGCGCUCAAAACACAACGGCGUUGUGUAAGCAUUCUCAUAAAGUUUGAAAACGUAUGAACUUUAAAAAAACCUUCAUUUAACGGUUAUCAACGCUUCAUAAAGCUUCUUAUUUUCGCCAAGGAGCACACACGCUACGGUUUCUACCUAUGGUCCAUUUGUAUCAUUUGACGUGCUUUCAUCUUUCGUCCCUACUCUUCGAGAAUGCUUUUAUUCUGUUGCUCAGUCACAUAGUCCCAUAGGGAUAGGGCAACAGUGAGAGACAGAGAAGAGAUAAACAACGCCUACAGUGGUUCAACCUACUGCAACGCGCACACGCAAUUCGUCAAUUUUUUCUCAUUAAUCUCUGAACGUUUUAUCCAUAGUAAUAAAUAGGGAUGUAUCUUCGAGAAGUAGGCACUAAGACGUGCCACUUAUUGGGUGCUUUUCAGCAACGUACACAGGCGACACUGUAUAACACAGUGAAUCGUUUUAUCUUUAUUAUUUAUUACAUUAUUAAACGAGGAUAAAAUGAUUCUGUGUUACAAUGUGUCAAUUUGUGUCUCUUGUUGCAAAGCACCCCAUUAAUUUUCGAGAAAAAAUAACGGGCUACGACAAGACCGGGACUUGAACCCGAGACCUUUCACUUGCCGAGCGAAUACUCUUCCAACUGAGCUAUCCAAGCCACACCCAAAAUGCCCCCAUCUUUCUCGCUACGUAGCACUGAAAAUGGGAAAAGUAGUUAUUUUCAAAAUAAUACAGGAAUUUUAGUUAAGUUUAACGAGACUUACCUGUAUACGAGUGAAUGCACACGUUAUGCCGAAUAUCCUACAUAUAUGUUGAACAAAUCAUUGUAUAUAUAAUAAUUGAACUUUUGUUAAUAACUAUUGAAUAAUUUUAAUUUAAUUUCUAUCACAU